UCAAACUUUAAACUAAAUUAUCAUCAAUAAAUCUCAUUGAAUUAGUUUCUAAACCAAACCAACUUUGAUAUCAAAAUUUUCAGUUUUGAUUAGCAUAAAUACCACAAGUGUAGAUCAUAUUUGACUGAUUAAUUUGUAAACCUUAACAAAUGACAAACAAUAUCAUGACCAUAAAUUGGAGACAAUGAUGGAAGACGAUGAUCAAGAAGAGUUACGUUAUACAACUGGAAGUGAUGUUGAAAUUGAAGAAUACACUGAUACUGAAGAAUCAACGUAUCCAGUUUAUCAACAAUCAGACAAGUUGUUUGACAUUGAUUCACCUUGUUGGCAAAAUUUUAUUUUUCUCAUCACGCUCAGCAUUGUCAUUGUCUCAAUCACAGCCUCCAUAAUCAGCUAUCCACUCUAUCAUGAGAGUAUCAGUGCAGCAUCAAGUGCAUAUGCAGGAUUACUCUUCACCGCAUUUUCAAUGACCUGUAUCCUCGGUGUCAUCUGUUUCAUUGUCGAGAAGAUCUCACCACCACCAGCACUCAUACCAAAUAGCAUGAGAAUAAAAAUUCCACGUUGCAGUCUUGUCAAGAUAAGUGUUAUAUACGCAUUUGCUGGAAUUCUCAUGAACCUCUCGUUGGAUCAAAACCGAGUACUCUGUCAUCUACAAGAUCCCAUCAAGGGCAUAACUCUUGUUUUUUCUCUUGUAUAUUAUUUUAUAUUUUCACGAAAAAUGAUGAGCUUGCAGCGAAUAUUUUCAAGCACAACAAUUAUUGUUGGAUUAUUUAUAAGUGUUGAUUAUGGUCUUUGUGAUGAAUUUCGUUGUCGGGGUCGUGAGGUUCCAGCUCAUGCUGUGACAAUGAGAGGAACAUGGGGUAUUCGAGCUGUUUGGACUGUUAUUUAUGUUGUAUCACUUGCAACAUUUGCAUUAUUUUUUACACUAUUAGAAGUACAUUUUAGCAAUGGUCAAAGAAAUAAUUGUCGUAUGUUAUCCAUACAAAACAAUUCUUUUCUUUAUACUGUAUCAAGAUUGGUGUCAUCACGUGACAUUAGACGAAGAGGAUCAGAGGAAGAAGGUGGUCGUUUAUUGCACGUUACUGAUCCUGAUCCAACAAUAAAGCAAAAACACUAUCCAAAACCUCCAGUACUCAAGACACUUUUUCACAUUCAUGUCGUUGCUUUUAUUGUCAUUUUGGCAUUCAGUUGGAUCGAUACUGUGCCAGGAAUCGGCAGGGGCUUAAGUCCAAAUGAUUUGUACAAGACAAUUGUACAUGGUUUCAAGUGUCAUUUUUGGGGUGGUACUACGUGCUCAAAUGUUGCAAAUCAUGGAUGGAUAUUUAUUUUUUCAUAUACUGUAUUUUUUAUAUCAUCUGUUAAUUUUCUUGAAAUGUGUGAAAGUGCUGUUUUUACAGUUGCAGCAAUGAGUACUUCAUUGCCACUCACUGGUAUUUGGUGGAGUAUUUAUAAAAUGGAUAUUGAUGCAAAUAAAGCAAUGAUUAUUUGGUCACCUGGUGUUACUGGAGAAUUGAUUUGUGCAUUACUUGGUCUUCCUAUUGUUCUUCUUGGUCUUGGAUUACUUGUAAGAUCACAUUUUCGUGAUUGCCAACAAAAUUAUCAAAAAAUUACUCCAGAUUUACAUCGUGAUAUUUGUCAGAGAUAAAUCAAACGUAAAUAACUCAAUUAAUAAAAGCUUAGAAAAUAAUUUGAGUUAAAUUAAAUUGAUUUGAUUUAAAACGAAAAUCAAAAACAAAGUCAAAUUAAUUUCUAAAUUAUGCCAAUAAAUUCACCGAGCCAAAUUGUUAGCGGUUUAAAGCUUUUAAACAUUUUUUAUUUAUUAGAUUUUUUUUCAUAAUAAAUAUACAAGACAUAGUAUGCGCAAAAAAUAAAUAAAAAAACAUGAAAGUAGCUUUAUAGAUUGAUAAACAAAAAUGACGAGAAUACUCUUAGCUAAUUUUUUAAAAAUGUAUAAAUGUAUUUUUUUUUUUUGUCUAUUUUUUAAAACCAAUUUGUUCUUCCUCUAAUUUGCCAAGCCACAUAAGUAUUAUUAUUAUCGUAAAGAAAAAAAUCAUAAUUAUAGAAAAAAUGUUAAAAGAAAAAAAAAUGAAUUUUUUUAAAAUUCUGAAUGGAUUUAUAGUUGUUGAUAUUGGUGUGACAAUAUUUUGUAUUUAUAUUAAUCAACAUACAUUUUAAUUUUGUUUAUUAAACACUCGAAAAAAUAUAUAUGUAUUUAUAUUUAAUUGUUGAAUGACAAUUGACAUUUGAUGCUUGGGUCUUCAACAAUUAAUUUAUAAAUAAUAUAAUAUUUUGUUUUUAUUUUCUAAUGAUUAUUAGAAAAGUUAAAAAGUGAUGUUAAACUAGGAGAUAAUUACUAUAGAAUAAAUUAUAAAUUUUUUGGAAAGUCAAUGGGAAUUAUAUUCUACUUAAAUGUGUCAAUAAACGUCCACAUUUUUAUAAUGACAAUUUUAAUUAAAACAGUGAAUAUUAUUUCAACUGGAGGAAAUGUAAACAAUAAUAAUUUUUAGCAGGGUCAAUUGAUUGUUUUUUAACUUCUUUUUUUGAUGUUUUUUUUUAUAAUUAAUUAUUCAACAAAAAAAAAAAAAAAACAGUAUAACAAUUGCGUCCGAAAUUAAAUAUCGUAGUUGUUCGUUUAUACAUAGAUUUUAAAUGAAAUAAAAAAAAUUAUUAAUUAAUGAAAUAGAAAACAAAAAAAAAAGUGUUUAUAUUUUUAAAAAAAGCUCAGUGAAUUAGGAACGUAUCCAUUCAAAUUAUACAACAAAAAUAACCAAAAAAAAAAAAAGGUAAUAGAUAAAUU